AUGCCUUUGCGAAGUAGUUGGGAUCGGCAAAUAAGUCCGGGUAUCAACUCGUAUGCGGGAAGACCACACAGAAUUAGAAGACAACGUGGUGGUUCGACCACGUUUAAUCCUGGCGAUAUAUUACAACAAGCCGUUACAGACGCUGUUGUAAACGGUAAGAGAUACGCCGCAAGACAAGUCAAAAGAGCAAAACGUCACGCAACACGUGCACGUCGAAAAGAGAGACGUGUUAGAACGCAACGCUCAGGGAUUAUAAAAAAACAAGAAGGUGGUGGUGUACGAAAACCAAUUAAUCAUUUGCCUGUAGUUUAUCAAUAUCAUCAAUAA